CAAAAACGCCCAAAAUCAAAUAUUAACAAAAAAAAAACCCCUCAUCAUCAACCUUUGUCUUUUGCUUAAAAAAUGGAUACUAUUUGGCAGGAACAGAAUCAUGGUGGCGGCGGUUUUCAGCUGCCGGAGAGUCCAAGGAGGCCGAUGGAGUUCUUGUCGAGAUCAUGGAGUGCUGCUGCUCUCCAGGUCUCUAAAACUCUACACUCUCCGCUAUCUCCAUUGAUUCCAAAAUCUGGUAUUAAUACUGAUAAUACCGGUGCAAACUCUGUUGCCGCCGCGGCGGAAAACAACAACCGUUUCUCCGGUGUCGAGGCAGCGGAGGAAUCAGCCGCAGCCGCAGCCGCAUUACUGUCUGGAAACACGUUCUCGUUUGCGUCCUCCGCCACUUCGCAGCUAGUGCUCGAACGCAUCAUGUCUCAGUCCGAUAUAUCGCCAUUAGCAUCAGGGAGGCUGUCACACAGCAGUGGACCUUUAAAUGCGACGUUGACGGAGGAAACCGAUAGUCCUCCGAUCUCCCCUUCCGAUGACUACGACGAUGUCGUCAAGUAUCUUCGAGCAAACAACUCGUUACAACCCCUGUUUGUCAACGCACGUAGCGGUGGUUACACAGGCGGCAGCAGCACCUGCCGGGAAAACGCGGUUUCCGUUGCCGGCGUGGCGGCAGCUGUGGCCACCAUCGCAGCCGCCACCGCCGCAGCUUCAGCCUCUAGAAAAGACGAGCAAAUGGCGAAAACCGACAUGGCGGUGGCCUCUGCCGCCACCUUGGUUGCCGCCCAAUGCGUGGAGGCCGCUGAAGCCAUGGGAGCUGAACGUGAACAUCUUAUCGCGGCUGUUAAUUCUGCUGUUAAUGUCAAGUCGCAUGGUGAUAUAUUAACCCUCACUGCCGCAGCUGCCACAGCUUUACGUGGUGCGGCGACUUUGAAGGCACGUGCAUUGAAGGAAGUAUGGAAUAUAGCAGCGGUUAUUCCGGUUGAUAGAGGAGUGAAAGAAAGCAAAAGCCAUGGAAAGAGUGGUGGUUACUGUGAAGAGCUUCUUCCGGAAGAAAACUUUCUUGGCAUUUGUAACCAAGAACUUCUUGCUCGUGGUAGUGAGCUUCUUAAACGUACACGUAAUGGUGAUCUGCAUUGGAAAAUUGUAUCUGUUUAUAUCCAUCGAACGGGUGAAGUAAUGCUAAAGAUGAAGAGCAAACACGUUGGCUCUACGAUCACGAAAAAGAAGAAAAAUGUUGUUUUGGAGGUUUGCAAAAACAUGCCUGCGUGGCCAGGGAGGCACCUAUUUGAAGGCAGUGAGCAACGGCGCUACUUUGGGCUGAGGACGACCAUUCGUGGAGUAGUGGAGUUUGAGUGCAGGAACCAAAGAGAAUACGACAUGUGGACUCAGGGUGUGUCACGUCUUUUGUCAAUUGUGGCCGAAAAGAAGCUCUCUCGACGGCCAUAAGGUUUAAGCCUUUAAGGUUAGUUAGGGACACUGUCCUCCUACUCCUACUACUUAGUUUUGCUGUUUUGGACGACAAACAUUGUAAAGGUCUGUGUGUGUGGUAUGGGCUAAUGGCUGGCAGGUUUAGGGAGUUUAUAAUUAUAGUUAUAGGCUUAUUUGAUGGGGGUGUGUAAUGAAUUUAAUGAUAUACGUUUGGUUGGUGUUGGUAGUUGAUAGUUAUCGAUACAUUUUCAUAAACCAAACAUACGUUGGCCUUGGGCCCUUGGCUAGAU